AUGUCGAAAUACCACGGAGCAACUGAUGCAUUCCAGGAUAUCCUCCAAAAGGUUGACGAGACAUUCAUCCAAGCGCAAUCCUAUCUGAGCAAUCUUCGUAACGAUGUGGCUGGAGAAAGAAGUGAGAGCAAAUCGGAGCUCACUGUUGUUCCUUCGCCAGUGCAGUCCGAACGUUCGUGCUCUCCACCGCGUAUGAGUUGCAUGUCUGCAUCUUCAUCAGCUCUUCGUCGUCAGAAUAUUAAAAAAGAGUCGUACAAAGUUGACAACGAAGCAUUCCUGGCUCUUAACAAGAAGAAGGCAGUCAUCGUUACUACGUUCAAGUCGAAGCACCCAAUUCUUGAUUCGGAUGUGAAAAAUGCUCAGAAACGAAUCAACGAAGCAUUCAACGACGCUACUUCUUCAUCUUCCAACUCUUCCUCUUCCCAAAUGUCAAUUUAA